AUGGAAUGUUUUCAGUAUGCAAGCGACUUACAUCAAGAGCUAACAAAAAAUUAUCUGUUUUUGAAGAAGACGCCAAUCAUCAAAAGUGCAGACUAUUUGAUAUUAGCGGGUGACAUUUCUCUUUUUUCUAAAUAUCCCAAAACAGACCUUUUCGAGUGGUGCAGCAAAAAUUAUAAAGAGACGUUUGUUGUUCCAGGAAAUCACGAGUACUACGAUGGGUCCUUUGUAGAUGACACAUACUUUAUUAACAAUAAAUUGUUUCCAAAUGUUACUGUUGUGAACAACAUUUCUGUUAUUAUUAAUAACACUCAAUUGUUUUUUACAACAUUGUGGAGUGAUAUCGACAAACAAUAUGAAAGUACUUGCAAGCAAUAUCUCAACGACUUUUACAAAAUAAAAUGGUUUAACCCAAUUCAACCCAUUUUAAUUACAAAACAACCCGAGUUGAAAAACUAUGGGCAGGUGCCCUACAGAACCGUAUUUUCUGUUUGUAAAAAUUGGCUUGAACAUGAACUUCUGAAGUCAACUGCACAAUAUAAAGUUGUAGUAACACACCACUGCCCAAUUGUGGAUUUAACUGUUUACAAUAAAAAAGAUCCAAUGACAACUUGUUUUAAUGUUGAUAUGACUUAUUUGAUGGAUAAAGUCAAAAUCGAUUAUUGGAUAUAUGGACAUACUCAUACCAACUUGAAUGAUUAUAUAUAUAACGGCUGUGUUGUCACUUCCAAUCAACUUGGAUAUGUACAUUGUCUUGAAGCAGAUACUUUUUCAAGAACAAAAUAUAAUCCGGGUUUAAUUCAUAUAAAAUAUUUUGGAAUUAUCGGGUUUAAUUCCACUUUUUUCAAGAAAAUUAUUUUAAAUGAUUUUUAA